AUGCCUUCUGCCACAUAUCGUCGAGAUCUGCGAAGGGUGCAGGUGCCGCCGCAAUGGGAAGGCCCUUCGGCCCACUGCGCAACUCAGCAGCGUGGCGGAGGCAGCUUACGGAAUGCAGACUCGUCUUCGUCCCGUGCAGCUGACGCCCUUCGAGGUACAGCCCAACUACCGCUGUUUCUUCAGCAGCUGGCAGAUCCUGCACACUGCAUCAAGAGUAGCCUACCGGACGAAGACGGCUUUGGGAACUGGGUGCGAGUGAUGCUGGACCUGGAUGAGUGGCGCCUGCUCGAUGAGGUCAUGCGCCUUCGACCUUGGGGGGUGGAGAGCAAGGACCAAGCCAUGCGCUUGGCGCCGGAUGGUCUGGAUGAGCACUGGGUGCUGAAUGUUGAACGGCUCAAGCUUUUCUCCAAUGGCGAUACUGGAAACCUCGUGGCCGAAGAUAGGGAGCUACCCUCCAUGAUUUUCGCUAUCGCUUUGCUGGCAGUCGCCCAGGCGAUUCGCACGCAGGAAGAUGCCAACCUGCGACACCGGUUCGUCGAUUCUUGCCAGAAUGCAACUUGCGUUGACUGGGAUGACCCUGUGCGAGGACAUCACCAUUUGAAGACCGGAGACUUGGUAUUCUUCUUCUCCACCGACAUGCUGUCCCAGAUCCAGAUGUCGUUUUCCGGAGCCAAUGUUAUGCACGUCGCGAUGGUGGUUUGGUCCAAACCAGGCAGCGACGGUUCGCUGCAUUACAUUCCGCAAUUUGCCGGUGAGACUUCUGUUCUCGGCCUGCUGGAGGUGAGCAACCACGCUCUGAAAGACAUGGAGACAGCCGAAUCGAAGAAGGGCUUUCACUACAUCGACAUGUACAUGAAGUUGACGCAUGGUUGGCCGGAGGGCACCCGCGUCUAUAUCAAACCCAGGAAGCAGCCCCUGGACGAUGCUCAAAUGGAUGACCUUCUUACGAUGUCCUCCUGCUUUCACUCCCGCAGAGUAGACUACCUGAAGAUGUUCACCACGAGUGAGUCGCUCCUGGGAAAGUUCUACAGGGCGUGGACGAAGUCUACCCGGGAGGAGACAGAAAAGUUCAAGAACAUGUUUUGCUCCCAGUUUGCCGCCCUGAUGGUGAUGGUCUGGGACGGCCCUCUGCAGAUGAACCGGGACGGCAGCGUCACGAGCCAGGUCUCUGACCGAUCGAACUACAUGUCAGGUGCUCGGGAGCUACUUCCGGGUGACUUCGACCCCGGCGACGUCCUGAAGAUUGAGAACGGCAAGUUCGACGACGCGUACCAACUCCAGAUUCCGUACCCCGAGUACCCGAAGUACGAAGAGAUGGGUUUGCAGCAGGAAGCUCUGAUCCAACACCGCUAUGCCAAGGACAAAGAGGGGCUGCAGCAGCAGUGCCUGGCAAAGCUUCCCUCCAUUGGGUACGUCAAGGAACACUUACCGACUUUCAUGGCCAAGAUGGAACAGUGGCAGCAUGAGAAUACCUGCGACACCGGCUGCGGAGAUUUGCAUAUGAAGAUGCCAGUGCACCCUGGAGGGGAGAAUGUGACCUGGAAAAUCUUUGGAUCUUGGUGGGACAGCAAGGAGCCCGACAUCCACAGCGAGCAUUGCUUGUCGAGCUGCAUUGUCGUCGAAGCGGGAUCUGUGUCAUGUUCUCGUGUCAGCCCAGACAACCUGAAGAAGGUCGCUAAGCAACAGGUCGGCGACACCAUGUACAAAGUCUGCUGCCGCGCGAUUCGCUGCGCUUGGGACAAAGUCGUCGACGCUCGCGACCAGCUGGUCGAUGAGGAUGAUAUCCGAGAGUGGCGGCGCAGCGCGCUGGGGCUGACCGAUGCAGAAGAUGAGGACUAA